AUGGCGCGCCUGCUGUACACGUCUGCGCCUCGGGGCGAGGUGACCGGCACCGCGGAGUUUGUGGAUGCGCAGAACGGGCUGCAGGCGGUGGUGCGGUUUGGGCGGGUGGAGGAGGCGGGGGCGGCGCGGUGCGCGCUGCUGCAGCGCCCCGACGCGCUGUGCGGCGCGCUCUACCGCCACCUGCGCUCCUCGCCGCCGGGGGGCGGGGUGGCUCGGGAGAGCAGCGUGGGCAGCGUGGGCAGCUCGGGCAGCUGGCCCGCGCCGGCGGGCGACAAGGUCAAGCGCGGCAGCCUGUCGAGCAAGGUGAGGAGCGGGCUGAGCCUGGGCCUGCGGUCCAGCAAGUCGUCGCCCGUGGUGGGGGAGGAGGGGCACCGCAUCACGCUGGCGCGCUGCACCGGCAACUGGCUGUCGCACCUGGACUGGGAGGAGGAGAGGUGGUGGACGCUGCUGGAGGAGGAGGCGGGGCGGUGGGAGGCGGUUCCGUCGCCGCUGCCCAGCGACUGCCGGUACCGCGAGGACCUGGCGCUGCUGGCGGAGGGGGAGGUGCGUGGGGCGCAGCGCGCCAAGGAGCUGCUGGAGCAGCGCCAGCGGGCGGACGCCCGGCUGAGGAAGGAGGCGGCGGCGGCGGCGGCGGCAGCCUCCUCGGGCUCGCACUGA